AUGCUAACCUCUCUCCAAUUGCAAGAAAACAACCUUCAAGGCAACAUCCCUUCAAGCCUAGGGCAAUGCCUCGGGCUGCUGACAUUGAAUCUUUCCCAAAAUAACCUCGACGGUGCAAUACCUCGCCAAGUUUUCGGCCUCCCCUCCUUGUCCAUUUCUCUAGACUUGUCCAGAAACCACUUGACUGGUUCCCUUCCUGUGGAGAUUGGAAAGCUAAAGAGCCUAGGUGUACUGGAUGUUUCUGAUAACAUGCUAUAUGGAGAGCUUCCCGGUAGCCUUGAUAGUUGUUUGGGUUAG